CCCUCUCCUCUCCUCUCCUCGCCCCGCACGCGCCGCCUCGUCUGCUGCUGCGAGCCUGCGACUGCGGCUACCUGCGCGUCUUCCUCCCUGGCCGGGCCGCGCCGUGCCGUGCCGCCGCCUCGGCGGUCCCAGAGAUUACAGUCCUGGUACAAAUGCCUCAUUCUUGAUCCAGCUUGUGAGGUCAUCAACAACCAACAUUUGACAGGUUGGCAUGUGGUAAUUAUCACUGGGGUGGAUGCAAGGCAGAAACAACCUCACCGUUGGGUCCACCUGCUAUGAUAAGCCAAGGGUAAACUGGCAGGAUCAUGCAAAUGCUAUUCAAAGCUCCUGUAUCAAAGAUGAAUUUCUGAGUUCAAGUUUUUUGUUCUCUUUACCAACACAAAGACCCGAUCAAGGAGUAGGCUGUACGGGGAUGCUUCCUUUGAGGUCUACUGCUUGCAAAAUUCAAGGCUUAGAGCGUCUUCAAGUUUCGUCCAUUGAGAAGGCAUGGCGUUCUCUAUGCAACACUCAGGUUGCACGGACGAACUAUUUAAGACCGGGUUUAUCUACAAAAGUGAAAUAUUGUGAUAGCAAUCAUGCCCAUACUUAUGGAACAAGUUCUUCAUAUCAUGUAAACAUAGUGGACACUCUGUCCAGAAAUAGGAACCCCUCUCAGGAAAGUAUGCAUCAGCAGACUGAAAGUGGUACUAUGGAGAAGAGUGGUAGUCAUCUACCUGCAGGCACCAAUUCCUGUACAAGGACUUACCUGAACAAUCAUGUGGUGCAGGCAGAUACCAUUACACCAACAAAUCAAAGUCUUGUCAGAACUGGUGCCAAAUUGUUCAGUACUGCUCCUUUUGCUGACAUGUGCGAUGAUAGUAAAUUAGAUGCUAUGGAUGAAGAUGAGCUUCUGGCUAGCAUUGAUGUGGACCGAAUAGUUAUGGAACAUUAUCAAGCAACAAAUACACCCAGAGGGUCAUCCAGGGCUCCAUUAGGGAAGUGCAACCUCAAUGGAUCUGAUGAGAAUAAUUUACCACAAGAACUCUCUGUAAUGUGCAACCAUGGUAGCAAGCUUGCUUUUUGCCCAGAGGCAAAGUCUCAUUUGCAUGAUUUGAAGGAUAACUUGCUUCUGAUAUCCAAUGAACUUAUUGAGGGUGAUCUCAGCCCUCAACGAACUAAUGAGCUUCAUCAAAAGAGAGCACUCCUAAAGAAGCAGAUUGAGCUGCUUGGGGAGUAUACAGUGAGGCUAACCCAAGAUGAGGAGAGACAGAUGUCACACUCUAUGGCCUCCACAACAGCUCUUCAGGGCCAUCAUCCCAUUGUCAAUCAAAGUAGUUCUUGUGUAAAGGAUACAAAUAGAUUCCAGUCUCCGAUUUAUAUGAGGAGUGAGCCUACAAACAGUGGUUUAUGCUUUUCUUCUGCUCCAUAUUCCUAUAUGGAUGGUUUAAGCACACCAUUACCGUCUGUUCAAAGAGAUUACAAUCGCAGGAUUAUUGAUAUCAAUUAUACUGAAGGUUCAGGUGAUAAAAGGUGGAGUAGUACACACUUUGCAUGGACUAAGGAACUUGAGGAAAACAACAAAAGAGUGUUUGGAAAUCAUUCUUUCCGCCCAAAUCAACGAGAAAUAAUCAACGCCACAAUGAGUGGGAAUGAUGUUUUUGUUUUGAUGCCAACUGGUGGUGGAAAAAGUUUGACAUACCAGCUUCCAGCACUUAUCUGUAAUGGUGUUACGUUGGUAGUUUCUCCUCUUGUUUCUCUCAUCCAGGACCAAAUAAUGCACUUGCUGCAGGCAAGUAUUUCCGCAGCUUACCUUAGUGCCAGCAAGGAGUGGUCAGAACAGCAGGAGAUAUUAAGAGAAUUAAUGUCUCCUACAUGUGCAUACAAGUUGCUAUAUGUUACUCCGGAAAAAAUAGCCAAGAGUGAUGCUCUUUUGAGACAAUUGGAAAAUUUAUAUUCAAGGGGUCAUCUUUCUAGAAUUGUCAUUGAUGAAGCCCACUGUGUAAGCCAGUGGGGUCAUGAUUUCCGACCUGAUUACCAGAAUCUAGGCAUUUUAAAACAGAAGUUCCCACAGACGCCGGUCCUGGCCUUGACUGCAACAGCAACUGCUACAGUUAAAGAAGAUGUUGUACAAGUUCUAGGCCUUGCAAACUGCAUUAUUUUCAGACAGAGUUUUAAUCGUCCAAAUCUGAGAUAUUUUGUAUGGCCAAAGACAAAAAGGUGCCUUGAAGACAUCAAUAACUUUAUAAAUGCAAAUCAUUUUAAAGAAUGUGGUAUCAUAUAUUGCCUUUCGAGAAUGGAUUGUGAGAAAGUGGCUGCAAAAUUGAAGGAAUAUGGGCACAAGGCAUCACACUACCAUGGUAGUAUGGAUCCUGAAGAUAGAGCACAUAUCCAGGAACAGUGGAGCAAGGAUAGGAUCAACAUAAUAUGCGCCACAGUUGCAUUUGGGAUGGGCAUUAAUAAACCUGAUGUCCGUUUUGUUAUCCAUCAUUCCCUGCCCAAAUCAAUUGAAGGAUAUCAUCAGGAGUGUGGGCGUGCUGGUCGUGAUGGUCAACUUUCUUCUUGUGUGCUGUACUACAGUUAUUCUGAUUAUAUUCGUCUCAAACAUAUGGUUACCCAAGGAGUUGUAGAGCAAGUAACAUCAGCAUCACGAGGAGGCUCUUCUCAGGAACAGGCACUUGAAACACAUAAGGAAAAUCUCCUACGAAUGGUUAGUUACUGUGAAAAUGAUGUGGACUGCAGACGUUUACUACAGUUGAUCCACUUUGGAGAGAUGUUUGAUCCUUCACAUUGUGCGAAAACAUGUGAUAAUUGCUUGAAAGAGUUGAGAUGGAUUGAGAAAGAUGUGACCAACAUUGCUAGACAAUUGGUUGAUCUGGUAAUGAUGGCAAAGCAAGCAUACUCAGCUUCUCAUAUUCUUGAAGUAUACAGAGGCUCAGUGAACCAAAAUGUCAAGAAGCACCGCCAUGAUACUCUGAGUCUUCAUGGAGCUGGGAAGCAUCUGGCCAAAGGUGAGGCAGCAAGAAUUAUGCGUCAUCUAGUAACUGAGGGAAUACUUAUUGAGGACGUCAAAAAGAGCGAAAACAUGUAUGGAUCUGUAUCAUCUGUCUUAAAGGCUAAUCAUAAGCAAGUCGGUCAUCUUCUGUCUGGCAAGCACAAUAUUGUCCUCAAGUUUCCCACUCCUGAUAAGGCUAGUAAGAUGGGUGUACUUGAUGAAUCAUCAAUUCCACAAAUUAAUAAGACUAUUCAACAACAAAGUCAUUUGGAUGAGAGCCUCUCGUCUGAGCUCUUUGAAGCUUUAAAAUGCCUUAGGACUCAGAUAAUGGACGAAAAUCGAUGCUUGGCAUACCACAUAUUUAGAAAUGAAACAUUGAAGGAAAUCAGCUGCCGAAUACCAAGAACAAAAGAUGAACUUUUAGAGAUCAAUGGCGUCAGCAAGAACAAGCUGAACAAGUACGGCGACCGUGUGCUUGCGACCAUAGAGGAAUUUCUCACCAAAAAUCCAAAUUCAACCAAGAAAAGCAGCAGCGGUGGCAGCAAUGAGCAUAGCGAGGCGGUAAAGAAGCGACGAGGCUUCACCGCCACCAAUGCGUCUAGCAACUGUGAUGACUUUGAGGAACGCACUGUCCAAUCCAAGAAACGUGCGGCAAAAAUGCGGAACUCCAGGCAGGAAGUAUCUGAUGCAGCCAGCGUUGUCCAGGACGUCCGCUACAUAGAUCUUGAGUUAGAUGGCUAUGAACAAGGGGAUGAUUUGUCAUACAGAUAUAGUGCCCCAAAGCCUGUGUCUUCUGGUAGGGUUUUACCUACGUGGCAAUCUGCUAAGAUAUCCUAGGAUAACACCCCUGUAGUUUCUAACUUAUGGGAAGAAUUUAUAAAUACUAAGUAGGAUUGUAGGAUAACUCCUUUAAACUUUAUGUAAAGCCUGGGCCAGCUAUUUGUAAGAUAGCCAACCAGACCACAUGUUAGGUUGCUUCUGAACAUAUUGUAUUCUUUUUCAGUGUAGUUCUCGUAGCGCCUGUAACUAACAUGAUAUUCAUGAACAGCUACAGCAGUGCACAUCGACAUGUCUUGCUGCAGUAAGUUGAUUACUUAUCGAUUCUGUGUCUUAC